UUGAUCUAAUUGGAUCGAUCUUUAUCAAAACCAAAAUCAUCUAAUCCCACUAUACAUUCACUGAAUCAUCAUAAUGGCAAUAAUCUCAUCUCCUUCACCAAAAAGAUUAACGAAUCAAAAACCGAAAAAGCUAAUCCAUCUCUUCUCUUUUAACACCAUAUCUUCAACAACUUCUUCACCAAAUUCACAAACAGCCUCAUCAUCAUCAUCAUUAUCUUCUCCUUUUUCAUCGUCAUCAUCCGAGUCCAUGAUGGACGAAACCAUAAAAGACGCACAUACAGUUAUCCACAAGUGGGACCAUUCUAACACCACGGCCAGGUCCGUCUCCAUGUUCCAAGAGAACAAAACAGAAGCCGAACUUUUCAUUAAGUGCGCUAAAGGGUUGCAUCGGUUGAUGCAUUUCCUCGCUGGACAUGAUUCGCAAUCAGAGAAGCUCUUUGAUGCUCAAAAACUCAUGCAAAUCGCCAUGAAACGACUAGAAAAAGACUUCCAUCUAAUCUUAUCCAACAAUAAUAGUACAAAUAGUGAUCAACACUUGAUUUUUGAUAUUGAACAACUAUCAACGUUAGCGAUUUCAAAUCUACGGCUAAUUGCUGAUACAAUGAUUAGCUGUGGAUAUAGACAAGAGUGUAUCCAAGUAUACAAAAACAUACGAAAACUGAUUAUCGACGAAUCUCUGUUUCAACUUGGAAUCCAACAAUAUAGCUCUUCUCAAAUCAACAAGAUGUUACAUAAUAAUGCUUCACAUAAUUUGGACGAUCAUGUCAAAACCUGGGUAAAUGCCACCCAAAUCGCUAUGAGAAAACUCUUUUGUAAUGAAAAGCUUUUGAGUGAACACAUUUUCACUUCAUACGUAAAUAUACAAAAUUCAUGUUUUGAGAUGUCAACAAAAGAAGGAGCGAUGAAUCUAUUCAAGUUUCCAGAACUCAUCGCCACUACCAGAUGCAAUAAGAAGCUAAAAUCCGAAACAGUUUUCAUCAUGUUGGACUUGCACAAUUCCAUCUUAGAACUCUGGCCAGAAAUCGAGUCACUCUUCUCAACAGAAUCAGUUGCAGUAGUCAAAGUUCAAGCUAUCGAGUCUCUUCACAAACUCAGUGACUCAAUCAGAACGGUUCUUGAUGAAUUCAAAUCAUCGGUCCAUAAAAAUUCAUGUAAGAUCAGAGUGUCUGGUGGUGGAGUUGAUCCGUUAAGUAUUUCAGUUUUGGAUUAUUUGACUUCUCUAACGAAUUACGGUGAUUCGUUAAGUAAUGUCAUUGUUGACGAACAUGAACAAACGUCGUUUGAAGAAGCUUCUAGAGCAUCGGUUUCCAUCAUGUUUGGGUCUAUACUUUCUGUUCUUUUAUGCAAACUUGACGGAAAAGCAAAGCUACAGAAUUGCAAAGCGUUACAAUAUCUAUUUCUAAUCAACAAUCUCAACUCUAUCAUAGAGAAAGUACGUUCGACGAAUAUGAGGUUUAUUUUGGGGGAAGAAUGGAUAGGGAUACACGAGAAGAAGUUGGAUGCAUAUGUGUUAAGUUACGAAACAAUGACGUGGUAUAAAGUGAUUGCGUGCUUACCGAAUAGUUGUAUAUAUGUAUCGGGGGAGAAGGCAAAGGCAUGUUUUAGAAAGUUGUAUUUUAUGUUUGAGGAGGUAUAUGUCAAACAGAUGACUUGGACUGUGGUGGAUGAAUUUAUGAGAGACAAGAUGAAGGUGUCGAUUGUGAAGAACUUGGUGCCCGUGUACGAGGAAUUUUAUGCUAAGCAUUUGAUCACUUUGAGCACAGAUGAGUUGUGUGUGAAGUUAAUGCUGAGGCUUUCUCCAGAAAAUAUGAUGAAAUAUUUGCUGGAGCUGUUCCACGAGACAACAGUUGGUUUUAGAAGUGAUUGAUGAUCGUUCUCAUUAUAAGUUUGCCGCUUAUGUCAGAAUCACAAACGGCUGGGCUCAAGCCUAGCUAGGUUUGACAUUGAAACGCGAUUUGUGAUCGAUUUAUAUAUUAACUGAACAUGUGCCUAUUACUUGGGUCAAAUUUCACUCAUGUUCUGCUUGUAUGUUUGAUCACACACCAUUAGUAGUUAAGUGGUUUAGACUUUAGAGAAUGAUUUGGUUGCAAGAUACUUUGUAUACUGCUUAAAUAUGAUAUAACCAAUGACUGUUUAAAAA